AACAAGCUUUACGCCAUGAAAGUGCUCCGGAAAGCGGCCAUCGUCGCUAAAGCCAAGACGACCGAACACACGCGGACCGAGAGGACCGUCCUGGAACACGUGCGCCAGUCGCCUUUCCUCGUGACGCUGCAUUACGCCUUCCAGACGGACUCCAAGCUCCAUCUGAUUCUGGACUACGUGAGCGGAGGCGAGCUGUUCACCCACUUGUACCAGCGGGACCACUUCACCGAGGAGGAAGUACGGUUUUACAGCGGGGAGAUCAUUCUGGCCCUCGAACACCUGCACAAGCUCGGCAUCAUUUAUCGGGACGUGAAGCUGGAAAACAUCCUGUUGGACAACGAGGGCCACGUGGUGCUGACCGAUUUUGGCCUGAGCAAGGAAUUUGUGACGGAGGAUAGAGAACGGACCUUCUCGUUUUGUGGCACCAUCGAAUACAUGGCUCCCGAGAUUGUACGCAGCAAAAGUGGACAUGGCAAGUCUGUGGACUGGUGGAGUUUGGGAAUCCUGGUCUUCGAGCUCCUGACCGGGGCGUCUCCUUUCACCCUGGAAGGGGAGAAGAACUCACAAGCGGAGGUGUCCAGACGGAUCCUGAAGUGCAGCCCGCCGUUCCCGUCGCUCAUCGGCCACGAGGCUCGCGACCUGCUGCAGAAGCUCCUGUGCAAAGACCCCAAGAAACGCUUGGGGUCCGGCCCGACGGGGGCCCAGGAAAUUAAGGAGCACCCCUUUUUCAGGGGCCUGGACUGGGUUGAAUUAGCAGCGCGCCAGGUGAGACCACCAUUUAAACCCCUCAUUCGCCACGAGUUGGACGUGCGAAACUUUGCCGAAGAAUUCACCAGCUUGGAGCCCAUCUACUCUCCGGCUGGGACCCCUCCCAGCCUAGACCGUGUCUUCCAGGGAUAUUCCUUCAUUGCCCCGUCAAUCCUCUUUAACCGCAACGCUGUGACUGCCGACGUACUCGAGGCAGCGCUCGAUGGGGAACGUCCCGGAAGCUCUGCAGUGGCCCGAAGUGCCAUGAUGAAGGAUUCUUCGUUCUUCCAAAAAUAUGAGAUGGACCUGGUGGAGCCCCCCCUGGGCGAGGGAAGCUUCUCGGUCUGCCGCCGUUGCCGACAUCGACAAAACGGGACGGAAUUUGCGGUCAAAAUCAUCAGCAAAAGGAUGGAAGUAAACACCCAGCGAGAAGUGGCGGCUUUGCAGAUCUGCGAAACCCACCCGAACAUCGUCAAGCUUCACGAUGUUCAUCACGACCAGUAUCACACCUACCUGGUGAUGGAAUUGCUGAGGGGAGGGGAGCUCCUGGACCGAAUCAAGAAGAAGCAGCACUUCAGCGAGUCGGAAGCCAGCCAGAUCAUGCGCAGCCUGGUUUCCGCCGUCAGCUUCAUGCACGACUCGGGAGUGGUGCACCGGGACCUGAAGCCCGAGAAUAUUCUGUACGCAGACGAGACGGAGGGCGCCCCCGUGAAGGUGAUCGACUUCGGCUUUGCCCGCCUCUGCCCUCAGAACUCGCAGCCCAUGCAGACCCCCUGCUUCACCCUCCAGUACGCGGCCCCCGAGCUUUUGCAGGACGGCGGCUACGAUGAAUCUUGCGAUCUCUGGAGCCUGGGGGUGAUCUUGUACACCAUGCUGUCCGGCCAGGUCCCCUUCCACAGUAGCCAGGAAGGAAGCGCAGCCAGCCACGCCGCGGACAUCAUGCACAAAAUCAAGGAAGGGCAGUUCUCCCUGGAGAGCGAAGCCUGGAGGAACGUGUCUGAAGAAGCGAAGGAGCUGGUUCGAGGUCUUCUCACGGUGGACCCUGCCAAGCGGCUUAAAAUGUCCAACUUACGCUACAACGAGUGGCUCCAGGACGGCAGCGCCCUCUCUUCCACCCCGCUGAUGACGCCGGACAUCUUGGAGAGCUCCGGGCCCGCUGUGCGAACGGGCGUGAACGUCACGUUUAUGGCCUUCAACAAGGGGAAGCGCGAAGGGUUUUUCCUGAAAAGUGUGGAAAACGCCCCUCUGGCCAAACGGCGUAAGCUGAAGAUGUCCAGCACCGGUGCUGAGGGCCGCCGCAGCAGCAGCAGCUCCUCCUCCUCCUCCUCCUCGGGGUCCUCCUCCCGCCCCCCCAAAGCCAAGAUCCCCACCAUUCGCCACGACCCUCCCUCGUAG